UGAGGCUUAGUUCUACCACCAAGCAUAUUGAUUCUCAUGACGGUCUGAAAUUAUACCGGAGAACAGUAAAAAAAAGGAUUUCAGAGCGACUCUAAGGAAAUCGAACGAGUCAUAUUGAACUGGUGGGUCAAGUUAUAACCUGAUUCUAGCGAGAAAUUGUCUCGUGUAACGUCUUUCUUUUCUUAUACUAUUUGUGAGGCACCAGAGAACCGAUCCAUAGACAGUGUGAGUCUGAAAAUCAAUAAUGGUGAAAACAGUAGUUGGGGAAGAAACCCAGCUCAAAUUAGUCGAAGAUCGUGUCUUCCAAUCUGGAAUUUCUGCUCAGGUGGGUAUUGUAAUUGGGAAGAUUAGUAGCAGUAUAGAUAGAGGAUUUGUGUUUGAUUUGAUACCAACACCACCUAAUGAUGGAGGUCAACCAGCAUGUUAUAUAUCAGAGAGUAAAGAUGAUAAUACUAAUAAGAAGAAAGGAUCAGCAAAAGGGAAAUCUCAGACUCCGUUAGAUUCAUCAUCACUAUCAGCAUCUCUUGUUAUUGAUUCUGAUUGGGUUGCUGAACAUGCUCGUCAGGUUUCUCGGAUGCUAGUGGGUGGCAUGCAUGUUGUUGGGGUUUAUGUAUGGGCUUCGGAGAUCUCAUUUAAGAACUCUACCCUAAAACUUUGGCAGACUGUAAAAGAAGUUGCACAAGCAGCAGCUAGUUUUGAGAGUGGGUUGGAUGAAAGUCUGCUCAUUCAUAUUUCUUACAGUCCAAGGAGGUGGACUUGCCGAAAUUGCACUGUGAGUUCAACAAUGACAUCAAAUAGUCUACGGCCUUGUGAUUUCAAGAUGGGGAGAGUAUUGGCCUCACUUCAAACAUUCAGAUGCAUGUACAACUUCGACAUAAGAUUACCCAUAUAUCGUGAAAAUUUAUCCAAAGCAAAUACAUUGAGCGACAUUCUACACAAUGGAAUUUCUCGUCAUGCUAAAGACCUGAAAAGCGCGAAAGCGAUAAUCGAUGGGAACUUGGUGGUUCAAGAUCAGCCAUGUACUUCUGAUGGUUUGCAUGAAGUUGAAUUGCUACUACCUUUCAUGAAAGAUGCACCUUUUGAAGCAUGCAGCCAAAAGGAGGUUCUUGGAGUUGUAGCGUAUCAAGGAUCUGCUUGUUCUUAUGCAUAUUUAAGCCCUAGAGAACCUAUAUCACAAGCUGUGGCUGACAUAAAGGCGGAUAUCCUGACAAGCUUGAAAAGUAGAUUGGCAAUCAUCUCUGAUGAGGGAGAGGAAGAUAUGGAUUCAACUGCUGAAGCUGGGAGGGAUUCAAACACUGAAAUAUCAACUGAAAAAUCUAUUUCCCAACUUGACUUGAAUUUAUUGAGAAAAUCAUGUAUUCUCGCAUUUCCUCGGAGAGUUUUCGUUCCCUGGGUGGGUGGCACCUUUAUUUGUGAUUAUCUGCAACCAUCUGAGACAUUUCAGGUUCUUGAAGAUAAUUUUAAGGAGUUGAUGUCUAUGGAAGCUCCAAUAGAUGUAUCAAAAAUCAUAGAAGCAGAAACAGAAGCCACUUCUUUGAUGAUAAAAUCUUUUUGGGAAGCAGUAAUCUCGAACCCUUCAACAUCUCGAUCAGCGUCUCACUCUAAGAAAAACAGCCAAAAAGAUUCAACACAAAAAGAAGCCAGCGGGGAACCUGUGAAGUCAACUACUUUCAACAUUGUAAUUCCUAUUAUUGUUCUCCUGGUAGCCAUGUUACUUGGAUUUUUCUUGUUUGUUCGUGGUCCAAAGGCACAUAGCCAAAUAGUCUAGCUUUCCUCCUAAUGUCCUGGGGUAUUUCCACUUGGACUGCGCAGAUCUUUUGGCGAGAAAUUUUUGGAUCGAGUUCUUCUCUUUUAAAAAGAAUGUUUAGAAACCAGGGUGAUGAUAUGCAACCUUGAAACUUGAAAAACAGGAGCAGGUAUAAAUUCCCUUUUUAUUCAAUGUUGCACACAAAUAAAUUAUAUUUUUAUGUUCAGCA